CCGUCGGGAGCACGAAUAUGUUGUCAUCGUAUAAAUUUAAAAUUAUACGAGUGCCUAAAGUUAUUUCUGUUAAAUCUGGUUAAUUUUCGUUAUAUUUAUUAUUUAUUCCAAAGCCGGGAGUGAGCUGUCGUAUCCCAACUUCAGAUUCCCCGGUUUGUCAAUUUGCGUCGGCGUUUCGGACACACGGUGAACAAUAAACACCGAUGUUGACACCUAUGCAUUCCACAGACACUCUUCUUUGAGUGGCUUUUUCAAAUCUCGCAAAUUGCAGCUAUUUAUUUUUUAUCGGUACGCUUUCAAAGCCGCUAUAGAUAUUUAUGAAUAGAUUUUAAUCCGUAACCUCAAGAGACAAGAGUGGAAAGUCGUGAGUGGGAGAAUAGCAUAGAAGGACCUUGAUCAACCUGCCCGAUAAGGUCUUGUGAGGACAAGUUUGUACAAAUAUCUGCAGUAUGAAUCCAUGCCAGAACUGGGACAGAAUGGAACAGCACUGGAAGACUGCGAAAUCUUCACAAUCUAAGGAUCAGGCUGAAAAUGCAUUCACCAGUCUGUUGAAAACUGAAGGCGCUGAGCGUAGCGGACCGGCGAGUGACAGCCGCGACGGAAGUUUUCCUGCCUUCUACCAGCCACCCAAGGAUUUUUUUACUCAGGACGCCAAUCCCUUCGGUCCGUGGGCAAAUCCCUAUCGCGGCUGCGCGGAUGGGAUGGGACAGUAUCACCCCCCGACUGGAACCUCAUCGAUGCGCCCACUGCAGCCGGAGACCGCGUAUCAAGGCUCGAGCAGCGGGCGUGGCGGAUCUUACAAUCCGUUUAGCAGUGGCAGUAUCUGGUCGACGGGCAGCACCAGCACUGUCAUUCAGGGGCCACCCCGUUACGUCUACGAUCCGGAGUAUGAGGGGCCGCGUCCCGCUCCGCUCCGUCGCCACGGAGGGUUUGAUUCCCGCGCCGACGAUAAGGAACUGACUGCCAUCUACGAAGCAUUGUCGAAGCAGCAACUGCGACCGGGUAUCAAUCCGUAUGCGGCGUAUGCGACUGUGGUGCAGUCAGAACAUCAGGCAAAUCACGGAUAUGCGAAUGCUGGGAAAAACCGCUCGCCGUAUGCCAAUCCGUACGCUGAUUACGCUCUGCACAACCAGCGACAAGGGAACACCAGCAUCACGGAAAACGUGGCGGCCGUUAUUGAAUGGAAUCAUUGAUGUCUGAUGACAUACCUCGAUGUUGCAUGUACAUUCUUUUUGAUUUUUUUAUGGCUUAUACUCUUUUUUACUUGUUUAACAAUAUAGUUGUUAUACUCCAUUUCAAAUUGUUUCAACUGCCUCAGUGCCAAUCUUGUCAUACCUUUAAGGCCAGCUGGUCACGAAUUUUGCAUGCCGAAAACUAAAGCAUGGAUGUGUAGGUAGCGGAUGAAUUUUAAAUUUGUUUUACGAUCUACUCAAUGUUUUAACGAAAAUACUGUUUUUUUUGUUAUCACUACGCUGUUGGUUAAAAAACGAAUUUUACGCGCUCGGUCUUGUCGUGGCUGCCUUCGAAUAGAAAUCUUCGAU